GGGCUCGCACGGCAUUUGCGCGUUCACGAGGGUGCGCACGAGCCGCUGUGUUGACGGACCCGAUAGUGUGCAGGAGAGGCAACAUGUCUGCCACAGCCGCUGUGCAGCAGAACAAUAAUGAAGAGCCAGGCCUGAACGGGUCCUGGGUGGAGUUGGAAUUGAAUGGGAACAUGGCGUCUGGGAGGCAGCAGCUGAUCCCAAGCCUGGCUGCCUCUGUGGCCAAUAGGAACCAGGGUGAGACUGAGCCUCCACAAUCCCUGCAGGCUGUGAAGGAAGUAGGGGAGAGCCUGGUCGGAGGACUUGAGCAUGUCCCUUCAUCCUCCUCCAUCCAUAAUGGAGACAUGGAAAAGAUCCUGCUGGAUGCCCAACAUGAGUCCAGCCCCAGUGGGUCGUCCUGUAAUAGUCCUCCAAGACCCCACAGUCCUGAGCAUGAUGAAGGCCUGAUUACCUUCGAUGUGGAAAUGCCCAGUGAGAAAGAUUGUCAGUCAGAGGAUGACAGUCUGGAGAAGGACAAAGAGGAUGACAUACUCAUGGUUAAAGGGGAAAGCUGGGUUGCAGACUGGUCCAGUCGACCUGAAAAUAUUCCUCCCAAGGAGUUCCAGUUUCGGCACCCAAAACGUUCAGGUCCAGUUUCUCUGAGUAUGAGGAAGACAGGUGCUAUGAAGAAAGGUGGAGUGUUCUCAGCUGAAUUUCUCAAAGUGUUCAUUCCCUCUCUUCUGCUUUCUCACAUCCUCGCCCUGGGAUUGGGGGUCUAUAUUGGGAAGAGGCUGAGCACACCCUCCACCAGCUCAUUUUAAACCCAAACAAAUACCAGUGCCUGAAAUCUCCAUAAGACGCAGUUGUGUCCAAAUAUCUCUAACUUUGAUUGUAUGUUAGACUUUCUCUGUCCUACUCAUUUUUCCCAUGUUCUCAGCUGUCAUGCUGAAAUCAUGACCUAUUACCAGAAAAUGCUGGGCAGUAAUUUUGCUGCCUUCAUCUUGAGUUAAUAUUUUGCUUGCCCUCUAACACUGUGUUGAACGGAUUGGUUUUAGGUGUUUCAUCUCCCUUUCAUAUUUUAAGUUCUUAUUAGUUUUUUUCCCUUAUACACUGAUAUGUAAGGCAAAAAGAAGUUACGUUUGUGAUGCGCCAGACUCGUACAAUUACUACAGCCAGCAGCACAUUACCAAGCUAUCACUUCUUACUGUGUUCAGUAUCUGUGAUACAGGUGCAAUAGUGUUAUGUUUAGCUAUAUAUAUAUAUAUAUAUAUAUAUAUAUAUAUAUAUAUAUAUAUAUAACAAAAUGAAAUGGUAAAUGGCUGAUGUGCAUUUAGAAGUAGAAUAUUUAAUUUUCUGCUCCCCUUUCUUUUCUAGUUAAACACAUUUAGAUACAGAGAAUCUGUUUUAUGAACCCAAUUAACCUUUGAAGAAAGUCCACAUCCAGCAUUUUGUAUUAUUCCAGUUCUAGUAUUGUGGUCUUAAAUAAUUUUUUUUAUUUGAUCAUCCUAACAGUGCUGUUUCUUGAAGGAAAGAUGAAAAGACACUUGCAUUUUUUGUUACCCUUGUAAUUUCCCACGGCACCUCUAAGGCACCUUAAAGAUUGAAAUAUGGCAGAAAGGUUUUAAAUAGACUGUUAAUAGCACACACUUGAACAUUUUGGUUUCAUAGAAAGCUAUCUGCCUUACAUAGCCUUUUUCUUUUUUAGCUGGUUAUCAGGACGUGACCCUUGUUUGGUAGGGAACACUCUCUGAUUUUCCAAUCUAAAACCUUUUUUUAUUUUUUAAAUCUGCUUUUGAUAGAUGGUUUUGGAAUACAUAGAUAAACAAGGAGAUACCCCAAGGAUAUGGGAAUAUACGCUGGGGAAAAAAAAAAUAUUUUCUCUUAUUGUAUAUGGCUUUCCAUUAUGUAAAAAGGAAUUAUCCUUCCAGACCUCACAAAAAUAGGCAGUGAUUGAUAUAGAUAUGAUUGGCUUUAUGUUCCAGAUAUAAAUAGAGGUCUCAGGUAAAGGUCUGAUUGAUUUUGGUAGCACUCAGUGGAACAUGUGCAUGAUUCCUAAUUUGAAGAGAGGGUUACACUGCAGUGAUUACUACAUGCACACUCAUUUGCCAUGAUGCAUAUCAUUUCUGUCCUGGACCAGGCUUACAGAAACAACAUACAAUGCUUCUGAGUGCCAUAGGGUCUCCACUGUGAUGUUUACAUCUGUACGACCCAACACUGACUCAUUCUGUAGUAAAUCUAGAUCUAAAAGUAGAUGUAGCUCUAUCUAAAGUCUCUUAUCAGUGCUAUUCUGUUGCACACUCCAUUUGGCAUUACAAUAUGCCAUGCAAGACAUUUUAUUGUAACUAUAAUCAUGUAAUUUAGAUUUGUGCAGUGUGAAACAUUCUGUUGUCAUCUGUCAUGUAAUAAUGUGAAGUAGGAACAGCUUUUUUCCCCUUUCUCUUAUUUCAGUGUUCAAAGGUACAAUCUAUGAUAUGUUUCCUCCUUUAAAUAUCAUAGUGUCAGUGGAACUAUCUGCUUUAUGGUUCUUAAAACUUUAAACUAACCAAUGUUCAUUGAGAAGAUGCUUAAAACUGUAUUGACACUCGUGACAUAAAAUUUGGCCAUUUGAGAGAUUUGAGAGGGACUACUUUGAAGAAUAUUGUUACUUAUUUGUUUCGGGUACAUUUACACAGAUGAAAUCUUACCUAAGACAUUUCCCACUUAGCAGGGAGUACACCAUGUAGUUGUUUGCUUUUAUAUAAUGCCUAAAGGGUUAUUGUGAACCUGUUAUUUCCCAUAAUGUAUGAAUACUUUUUAUUUUAUUUAACAUUUGCUUUGGAAGAGGAGUUAUUCCAUGAGUGGGACAAAGAACUGUGAAUGAAAAAGUAGCAUGUUACAGCAAGAUAAACUAAGCCCACCCUGUCUGUAAAGGAUGGAUUUUCCAUAACGUGCAUUUUACUUGCACUCUUUUGGGUUUUUGUUUGUUUUUCCAUUUUUUGUUUGCUUGUUCUUGUUUUUUUUUUUUUGCUUUGAUCAUGAGAGAAUGAUUGAAAUAUGUUGUGUAGGGCAGGGCCCUCAUGGCUGGCAUCUUGUGGCUGUUUUGCAUUUGAGUGUUGGAAGUGAUUAAGCAGAAACAUUUAGUUUGUUUAACGUUCAAAUAUUGGAAGUCAAGAAAACUGACAUUAAAAAUCCCAAAUACACCCUAA